CCUGGGGGGCCUGUGCCCGGCGUGCCCAGUCCCUGCUGGGGCCGGGGGCUGUGCUGCAGCAAUGGUGCACCCACCUGGUGGGUUCUUUCUCCCAGGCCCGGGGGGACCCGGCUGCAGCCCCUGAUCUGUGUGCAGCUUGGGGUCCGCACCCGCUGCCUCAUGCAGGGGCUCCCUGCCCCCCCCUCCCCCCGGCUUCAUUUCCUCUCGUGCUCCCCCCUCCCUCCCUUCCUCCCAGGGCUGGGCCUGCACCACCCACAAAGGCGGCCGCAGCCCCCAGCUAAGUGAUGUGACAGCGUCCCUCACCGGGAGGCUGUAGCAGAGCUGCUGCACACCAGGCAGCCCACCCCCCGUCCCAUCCUGUCCUCCCGGCGGGGCCUGGCUCCCCCCCUCCUCGCCUGUGGAAAGUGUAAAGUGAGCCCUCCCGGACUCCUGGGUCCUUCCUGGCUGUAAGUAAUGCUCGGUGACGGCAGGGAGGGAUCAGGUAAACGGGCCAGUGCCCCCGGCUCCGGUGACAGCCCACGCAGUCGCUCCCGGCUCUGCAGCAGCCACCGCUGCCCGUGUCCCAGCUCCCGGCGGGACCCCCAGCCCUAGGACCAGGACGAGAGAUGGCUGCUUUCCUGUGGGGCAUCUGGAUGCUGCUGCUGCUGCCCCCAUGCUCCCUCCCUGCCCCCGGUGAGCGCCAGGCUGCAGGGAUCAGGGGCUCGGGGGUGCUGGGCCCAGAGAGUGGGGACCACACAGCCCGUGGCGGCAGGCAGGCCGAUGCCAGGACAGCAGGGUCCGGCCACAGACUCAGCCAGGCUCAGGUCAGGCCCGUUCUGGGACCUUUGUUGGGACCUCCCAUCUCGCCUGGCUGCUCCUGACCCCGCUCCUCCCGGGACUGCGCAGCCCGGACCCUGGUGCCCUGGUACAGCUGGACCCUGGGGGUCUGCCCCACUGGGGCAGGGCACAGCUAUUGCUCUCCAUGCAGCAGGUGACCCUGGCGGGCACGGGGGUGCCCACUCCUCCUGCCAGCCCCACGGGCUCUGGGCUCCAUGCCGCCGCAGGCAGUGAGUCCUGGGGGUGAAUGCAUGGGGUAUGAGGACCCGGGCAGCUCAGUGCGGGAAGGGCAGGGGUGGGGACCUGGGCUCCAGGCCCCCAUGCCAGGGACCGGCUGCUGCCUGUGGGAGGGGCCACGCCGGCGUCGGGCACUGCCGCAGGUGGGUGGGCGUGAGGGCCAGCCUGGCUUUCCUUGCAGGAGCCGUCUCCAAUGGGAGCAGAAACCCUGGCCAGGACCUCGUCUCCUCGCUGCAGCCCCCCGCCGGGCAGCGCCUCGGGGGCAGCGGCCCAUCCAGCCCUGGGGCAGGGCCGGGGCGGCCAGUGGACAUGGACGUGGACAUGCCGUCCCUGCUGUGGCACCUGCUGCUGGGGCUGGAGUCCCUGGGGGUCCUGCCAGCACCGGGAGACGCCCAGGCCCAGGCCCCGCGUGGUGGCCGUGGCCAGAGCCGGCUCUCCGCCUUCCUGCGCAACGUCUCCGCGUCGCUGCAGAGCGAUGCGCCGCGGCCCGAGCCCUGGGGCAGCCUGCUGCAGCACCUCCUGCCCCCGCCCGCCCCUGCCCUGCGCCUGCCCGACUUCCUGCUCUCGCUGCGCGGCAGCCGGCACUGGGACCCACUGCUGGGCCUCCUGCACAGCCUGCUGGGCCUCGCGGGCCCGGACGCAGCCCAGCCACCGGGCCCGGACCUGCUCCAUCACCUGAUCGCGGCGCUGGCCCAGGCAGUCCUGCCCGGGGCACUGAGCCAGGGCCCUCCGGACGUCUCCUGCGCACCCACGGGGCACCGGCGCUGCAGCCCGGGCUCGGACUGGCUGAUGCAGCUGCUGCAGCUGCUGGAGGGCACCGGCUGGAAGCCCGCGGUCCACGUGCAGCCGGCGGGGCCUGUCCUGGCCCCAGGGCGCUGGAAGCCCUUCAGCCUGCUGCCCGCAGCUGCCCGGGAGCAGCCUCCCAAUGCCAGCAGCCCGGGCCCCGCGGAGCUGCCGAGCCUGCUGCAGCUGCUGUCCCGAGCGGGGCAGCCGGAGGCGGGCAGGCGGGCGCUGGGCGUGCGCCCUGGGGCCGCGCUGUGGGGGGCCCUGGAGGAGCUGAAGCAGGGGCUGCUGCGGCGCGUGGGGCGCUCGCUGUCCUCCAGCGUGCGGCGCAAAGUGGUGCGUGUGACGGGCUCGCUGGUGCAGGAGGUCUCCGUGGCGCUCGGCCUGCCACGGCCGGGGCCCGACGGGAGGUGCUCCGCCGGAGCGGGGAGGGGACUAACGAGCCUCUCUGCUGCCGCCAGGGGCAUCCACCACAACAUCAGCUGGGACGCGGAGGCGCUGGGGUUCGCGACCGGGCCCCUGCCAUCCCCGCCGCCCCUCCUGCGCUGCAUGCACCCCGCGGCGGAGCCCCGCCGGCCCCGGCCCAUGGCCAAGCGGGCGCUGCCUGAGCCGUGGGGCGAGGCGCGGAUCCUGGCUGACCUGGAGUCCGUCUGCAACAGCUCGGCGCCAGGGCUGCCCGGCGUCUCCAACUUCACCCUCUACCUCUACUGCAACCACGUGGAUGGCUCCAGCACCUCCAGCCCCACGGCCUCCGACCUGGGGACCACGUGCUCCGACGCUGCCUGGUACCUCCUGGUGCACGCGGCCGAGUGGGGCUCAGUCUGGGCCCGGGCCUGCUGGGAGCACUUCCCGGCCCAGUUCAACGCCACGGUCUGCAGCAACGCCACGCUGCGCGACCUGCCCAGCCGCCACCAGCCCCGUCUGCAGGAGCUGUGCGCCAACCUGUCCCACCAAGCGCCCGAGGUCGCGGCGCCGGAGCACGGCGGCUGCCUGGAGGCCCUCCGCGGAGCCCCGCUCAGCCCCGAAGGCUUCUGGAGCUGCUUCCUGGAGAACCAGACUCUCUGGGUGCGCUGGCUGUGCAACAACGCAAGCCUGCAGGGGCUGCCCACCGAGACCAGCGCUGGCAUCUCCCGGCUCUGCCACGGCCACCGGCUGCAGGCCAAGGCGCUGAGCACCACGCCACCCCCGAGUGCUGACCCCUGCGCCGCUGUGGUGGCGGGCGGGAGCCCCCCGGCACUGUGGAGCGCCAGCCUGCUAGAGCAGUGCCGCGCUGCCAGUCCCACCCGCUUCCGCGAGCUGGUGUGUGAGCACCCCUCGGUGCUGGAGGCCCUGGCGCCCGCCCAGCCCUGGGUGCUGAGGCAGUGCCUGGGCAUGGGCUCGCUGCCCCGCAGGCAGUGCCUGCUGCAGCAGCUGCUGGGCGCCCUGCCGCUGUCGCCCCAGGUGGAGGCGGCGCGGCUGUGCGAGGACCCCGUGUCCUACCUGCUGGAGCUGGUGUCGCGGCUGGCCUGGUGCGAGGAGGACACGGCGCGCUGGCUGCUCAACGUGAACUACCUGCUGCGCCUGCUGCGCUUCGUGCUGGCGCUGCCGGAGCUGGGCGCGGGGGCGCGGGCUGCACAGGGGCCGCUGGGCGAGGCCAUCCUGCUCUCCAGCCUGCUCGACAACGGCUCCUUCUGGGCCUCGCUGCGGCCCAACGCCUCCCUUAGCAUCCUGCAGGCGCUGGGCCGCUACCUGGAGCAGGAGCAGGACCCUGCCACCAAGAAGGAGCUGCUGAGCUGCUUUGGCGUGAGCGCCGCUCCCCGCGCGGGGCCAGGGCUGGGCCACAGGGGCCGGUGGGCAGGGCGUGCGGGCUCCCAGCUCGGGUGCACCGCUCGGCCCUGCUGCCCAAGCUGCACGGGGCCCAGCCCUGCCCAUGUUUGCAGCGGCACUAGCGGGAGUGUGGCAUGGUCACUUAUGCGUGUGCAGACAGGGCCAGCAGCCAGCUCCGUGCAGCUGCACCAGCAGCGCCCUCCCAUGGGGCCUGUGGCUGGGCCGGCCGUCCUCGCUCCCAGCUCGGGCAGCUGCGUGUUGUGCCUGGCCCUUGCUGGUUCGUGCGUGGUGGUGCCAGGGCCUGGGCUGGAGCUGAUUCUCGCGGGCAUGGAGCUGCUGCCUUCUGGGCAGAGCCCCAGGGCCCGGGCAGCCGUGCCUCUGCCCCGGCAGCACAGUGAGGUCCCGCGGAGACCCCUGCUGAGCCCCCUCCCCUCCCCUCCCCUCCCGCAGCCCGUGCUCUGGGACCUGAUCCAGCGCGAGGAGGGCGCCCCGGCCAUGGAGCUGCUGGUUCAGGAGUACCUGCAGAUGCCCCCGGAGAGCCUGCACGAGCUGCUGCUGUCGGUGGAGGGCCAGGCCGCCAGGCAGUUCCUGUCACUGAUGCACCGCACCUGGCACCGGCUGCAGGUGCCGGCAGCAGACGAGGGUGCACUGCAGUCGCUGACCGCGCUGCUGCUCCGCCGCUUCCCACCGCUGACGCCCGUCGACCUGUCGCAGUUCAUCCCCUUCCUGUCGGCUUCCGACAUCUCCAGCUUCCCGCCCGCCCUCCUGGCCAACGAGAGCGUCCUGGCCACACUCCAGAGCCACAGCGCACGCAUGACACGGGCGCAGAAGAGCGCGUUCGCCCAGCGCCUGCUGCAGGCCCCAGCGCUGGGGGACAUACCUGCCUGGCCCCCGGAGCUGCUGCGUGCCCUGCAGCCGCUGCUGCCGCACCUGCCCCUGCGACGCUUCCUGCAGCUCACGCCCCAGCAGGUGCAGGGCUUGGCGGACGGCUGGCAGAACGUGCGACUGGGGCUGGCACAGGGGCGCCACGUAGCGCGGAGCCUCAUCAACAGGAGCCGCGGGGCGGUCGAGGAGCAGGUGCGCAGCAUCGGGACCCUCGCCUGCUUCCUGAGCCCUGAGGAGCUGCAGGCCCUGGCGCCGCUACGCGACCCACGGGGGCCAGUGGAGCAGAGCCUGCUGGCGUGUGCCGCGGAUGGGACGCUGCCCCCGCAUGGGCAGGUCACCUAUGCACUGGCUGACUUGCUGCGCUCGGCGGGCCCAGAGGCUGUGGAGCCGCAGGAGCUGCAGGCCUGGAGGGGGGUCGUCCCUGAGCUGGGCAUGGGCUUCCUGCAGCGCCUGUCGCCCGCCCAAGUGAGCGCCCUGCUGCCGGAGCUGCAGGCUGCGCCACUGACGCCCGCCCAGGUAGUGCCGCCCCGACGUGGCUGCCUGGCUCGACCCGCCGUGCACAGUGGUGCGGGCACCGUGGUGCUGCCGCCCUCACCCCGUCUUCCCGUGCAGGCUUCCCUGCUGCUCGCGCAGGCUGUCCGCAGCGAGAACGUGACGGAGGACGCGCAGGGCCGGCUCUGCGCCCUCCUGCCUGGCCUCAGCCCCGAGUCCCUGCCAGCCGCCCUGGCACCCGUGCUGGCGGGUGCAUGCGAGUGCCUGGCGCCGGCGCUGCCGCGGCUCUCCUUUGCCCAGACGGCUGCCUUGCUGCGGGCCAUGCAGGGGCUGCGCCGUGACCCGCCACCCCAGAGCGCCUGGCCCGACUGCCUCCUGCCCCUCGUGCCCCUUGCCCUGCUGCAGCCCCACGUGCCUGCGCUGCUGGGCAACGACAGCCGCCGCUACCGACACCUGCCCUGGGCCCCGCAGCAGGCCCAGAUGCUCUGGAGGACGGUGGGAGCCGGUGCCAACGUGACCCAAGACUCGGUUUGGGCACUGGGCACGCUGGCAGCUGGCAUGGACUGCACCACCCUGCACCGCUGCAGCCGGCGCCCGGAUUUCCUGGGCAUCCUCGGCACGCUCUACGCACAGCCCGGCCGCCUGCCCGCCAGCCUGCGGCGCUGCAUCGGGGAGGAGAUCCGCUGGCGCCCGGGACCCACGGCCGAGGAGCUGGCGCAGCUGGGACCCGCCUUCCUCAUGGACUUACCGGUGAAGCUGGUCGAGCGGCUGCCCAACGACUCGCUCUGGCUGGUUCUGGACCACGUGAGCAGCCACCCCCAGAGCCUGCUGGCGCUGCCUCCCCACCGCCGCACCGCCCUGGCCCGCCGCGCUCUGCAGCUCCUGCGGUCCCCGUUGGAGCCCGAGAUCCCGGGGGAGGUCCUGGACCUGCUGGGCCCGCUGCUGGGCUUCCUGGACCGAGACAGCGCUGCCCGGAUCCGGCCCGAGAGCCUGCUGCUGCGGCUGGAGACGCUGCAGGGCGCCUGCCUCUCGGAUGAGUUCGCCGCCACGCUAGGACAACUGCUGCUCUCGAGGCGCGCACUGGGGCCCCCGCAGGACUGGGGCGCCCCGGACCUGGCCCAGCUGGGCCGCCUGGUGUUCUUGCUGCCAGAGGAGAGCGUCCGGCACGUCCCCAGGGCACUGCUGAGCAGAGACACGCUGGAGCAGCUGCUGCAGAGCCAGCGGGCCUGGGAGCGGAGCGAGCUGGGCCGGCUCUGCCACCUGCCCGGCGCCCGGCCCGAGGGCAGGAGCUCGCGGGAUGCCCUGGUGUCCUGGCUCGUCAGGAGCCACGUGCCGGGAGGCCGAGGUGAGGCCGCUCAGGGCGCUGCUAGUGUCACCCCCUCCUGGCCCCUGACGCAGCGUUCCCGUGCCCCAGCUCAGUACCAGCUCGCUGUCCCCCCCAACCCGCGCGUGCCCCCCGCCAGACCCCUGCCCCCCGGCGGCACGGGCAAGGGGAAAUGGGUAGUGCUCCCGGGGGUGUUUUGGAUGCUCUCUCUGCCUCGCAGACCCCAUCCCAGCUGCGCCGACGUGCGCGCCACCUUCCCCGCGGCCUGGAGCGCCGCCCAGAUUGCCGCCAUGGCGCCCGCACACUUUGAGGGCUGCCUUGAGCUCAUCAGCCAGGACCCCGCGCUCUCCCCCAGCCAGCGCCGCGCCGCCCUGCUCAAGGCCAAGCAGCUGUUUGGAAACCCCCGGGUGCUGAGGCCAGUGCAGACGCUGCAGCUGGGCCUGCUGGCCACGCAGCUGAGCGAGCGGGAGCUGCAGGACAUGGAGCUUGCUGACUGGGGGGCCCUGUCCACCCUGGGGGCCCUGCAGGGUUGGACGGCGAAGCAGAUGCGGGCAGCUGUCUCCAGCUUCCUGCGGCAGCGCGGGGGCGGCGCGCAGGGCCUGGGGCUCCCGGAGCUGGCUGCCCUCGGGCACCUGCUGUGCGGGCUCCGGGAGGACGAGAUCCAGAUGCUGGACAGCUGGGAGCUCAGCCAGGCUGCCCCUUUCCUGGGCUCGCUGAAGCACAGCUGCUCGGAGGGGCAAAUGGAGGCGCUGGCUGCACGUCUGACAUCCAGCUCGGCCUUUGGCCCCGCCAACAGCUGGGGCCCCGAAAUCUUCACCGAGAUCGGGACGCUGGCGGCCGGGCUCCAGGACAUAGAGCUGUCCUCGUUCGUCCCCGAGCAGAUCCGGGCCCUGACCCCACUGGCCAUCGCCGGGAUCCCUGCCCCCAAAUUCUUGGUGGUCUUCCGCUCGGCCCAGCUGCUCGCCCUCACCAGCGCGCAGGCCGCGGCCGUGACCCCCGAGCAGUAUGAGCUGCUCAGUGCCGAGCAGCGCCAGGCAGUCGCCAGUGCCCAGUACGAGGGGGAGCUGGUGCCGGAUGCCCGGGGCAGGAACGUGGCCUGGCCCCCGUCGGACCCUGCCCUGGUGCUUGUCCUCAGCCUGCUUUCUCACCUCCUCUAAGCGCUGUCCGUGCCCACGUUUGUAAUAAACCGG